UGAGCUGCUGUGAUAUUGGUCGAAUACCCCAGCUUCUGUGUUCUGGAAUAACCAGGUGCAUGGAGACCUGAUGAAGUGGCCACCUAUCUCUCAUAAUGGUCUGAGCAGGAAUGCCCUCUUCUAGUGCCUAUAAAUUAUUCUUUUCUCAACCUCCAUGGAGGUAAGAGUGGGGCAUCUACAGAAGAGGAGAGAUGGUUGGAGAGAGAAUGGGAGUUUCCACCACAUUGGAAAAGCUUCCAGGCCUCCCCAUCUGUUGAUAGAAUGUGUCUCCCUUGAAAAUUAGAUCUUCUUCCGUGUCACCAUCAUCUCUGUACAGAACUUGUUUGACAGAAUGAGUGGCCCCCACGUGACUGGAGUCUAAGAUUCUCAUUGCAUUGAUGACCCUCCACCCUGUUUCUUAGAUGUUCUUAGAUUAAAUCUACAGAUUUAAUUCCUCUUCCUCCUCAAUUUCUUCUCCUCCCCCUCCUGCUUUUCCUUUUAAAAAUCUGUGCCAAUUUCUAAUUUAUUGUGGGUGGCAUGGAGGGAAUUCUUCACACUUCAUUGGGUCCUGCUUCCCAUUUCAGAAGCUCCACAGUUUGUCUCCUGUGUCCCCUCCCCUCCCCUGGCUGCCACCCUGCUCCUGUCCAGUUUUUGUUUCAACUGCUCUGUGGCCAACAGGAACCCUUCCUCUUGGGUUUGAGCCUCUCAGUACCCUUUUAAAGUGUUCAUGUCUCUAUAGUAGUUUUUCCCUCCCAAGACUCUUACAUCUUCAUUCUCCCCUUAACUCUAACAGCAGUGUGGUCUGUAAGGCGUCGUUAGUCACCACUGUGUGCAGAAGGGAAACUGAGACCCAGACAGCCAUGUGGGGCAUGGGGCAGAGUCUGGCCUUGCCUGCUGGCUUGCUGCCUGUGAGUCCCUGGAAAAUCACAGAGCCUCCCAGGGCUGUGUCCUCACUGGUCGUGUGGGAAAGACCUAAGUAAGAUUUCCAUGCCCUUAAGGCAGUGCCGUGGUAGAGAGGAAGGGCUUUCCGGCUUCCCGUUCUGGUUCCGUCACUUAGUUCUGUGGUCUGGGACAAACCAGCAGGCCUCAGUUUCCUCACUUGUAACAUGGUGAUACCAACAGUGACCCCACAGGACUGUUGUGACUAUUCGGGUGCUUCUUGGGAAGGCCAGCACCAGGCCUGGCCUGUGUUCAGGCCUUCAGGGUGUGGUAGCUGUUCCGCCGCCUCUCCCUUCUGGAACUCGGCUGUUUGUCCAAGGGAACCCCAGCCGUUAGUGGUGGAACUAGAACCCAAGUCUGCUGGCUGCCGGCCCGGAGCCCCCGGGUGGAGCUCCCUGUAAGUCCUGGGGUGGCAUCCAGAGAGGGUGGGCCUGGGGCCACCGAGGUGAGACUCGGUGCCCGUUAGCCCUGGUGCAGGGGGACUUCCCGCUGGGAACUCUCAGCACAGUGGCAGGGGACCCAUGAGGUCACACACCAAGAAACUGUGAGUCAUCGGGACCCCUGCACCCCUGCAAAGCUGCCCUGCAGCCCCAGUGCCAGCUGGGAAAUUGUUUCCUGGAUUCCUGUUGAUUUUCACGUUGAGGAGGAGUAUGGCUGUCCCCACACACUGCUGUGUGAUAGUAAUGCUGACACUUAACCCAGGGCCAGUUGGGAGCCAGGAAAUGUGCUCAGUGUAGGACCUGUGCUCUUGCUAAUCUCACAGCAAGGAAGGCACUGCUAACUCCAUUUUAUGAAAGAACCAGGCCAAUUGACCAGUGAGGGGCGGAGCCAGAUUUGAACCCAGGUCUGCUUGGCCCCAAAGCUCAUGUUCUGUGCAUGAAAUUGUAUGACCUUCCGUCGAGUAACAUUCACCACGAGGCUUCUCCAGCAGUCAUUUAAUAAUAGAACGCUGGGCUUCCCUGGUGGCGCAGUGGUUGGGAGUCCGCCUGCCAAUGCAGGGGACGUGGGUUCGUGCCCCGGUCCGGGAAGAUCCCACAUGCCGUGGAGCGGCUGGGCCCGUGAGCCAUGGCCCCUGGGCCUGCGCGUCCGGAGCCUGUGCUCCGCAACGGGAGAGGCCACAACAGUGAGAGGCCCGCGUACCGCAAAAAAAAAAUUAAAAAUAAUAGAACGCUUGUUCACAUCCCAAAACCCACAUCCACUGUCAGACUACGUCAGCCCUGACCAACUAAUUUUCACCAUGGGUCAAAUUGGAUUUGGCCAAGUUACCGCUGUUGAAGAGAAAAAUAGAUGAGUCCCAAAACUUGCUAUAAAAUGGGAGGGAGGAUAAGGUGGCCCCUGUGUUGGAUGCCUCGUGCCAGCUUAGGAAGAGGGAGAAUUAGCUGACAUGCACGUUACUUUCCUGGUUUGCCUUAAGUAACUUCUUGGGCACUUUUGGAAAAACCUGCACAUCUAUAAUGCAUGGUCUGGAUACCAUCACAAUGGAAGCAUGCUGUGAGUCAAGAACCGAUUCGGUCCUUAUUGAGAGCCUCCUUUCAUCGCUAGAAUGUGCCGUGUUCCUUCCGUCACAGGAAUUUUGCACAGCCUAUUCACUGUGCUGGCAACACCUUUUCUUUCUGUCUUUUCCCUCCCGCCCCCACCCUAUUUUGUUUCACUAAUUUAUUCUUAGGGCUCAGAUUAAAGACUAAUUCUUUAGGAAAGCACCACUGACCCUUUCCUGUGGCUAGAUCUACCCCUGACAUAUGCUAUUAUAGCAGUAAUCAUACUUCUUCAGAGCACCGCUAUUAUAGUUAUUUCUAAUUUAUUAAUGUUGGUUUCCCCACUAGAGGAUAAGCUCCAUGAAGGCAGGGACCACAUUGGUCUCAACUGUUGUAUGCCUAGUGGUUUGCACUUGCCUGCUAUAUACUAGGCACUCAGUCAACAAUGGAUGGACCAAUGGAUGGUUGGAUAGAUGGAUUGAGCUAGUUAACUUCAUUUCCUUUACCUUAACUCCAGCCAAUAUACUCUUCUUGCAGGAAAGGGGGAUUGUAAUCGCCUGUUUAUAUGUCUCCCUUGGGUCUCUUUGAAGAAGAACCCAUAUUGAGGACACUAGAAUCUAGCCCAGCACCUGAUCUAUAAAAGUUGGCUGUGUGGUCUAAGCUUAAUCUUGCCCAUGAGUGAUUCCAAGAACUAUUGCUCCUGUCGGGGAGCCUGGAGAAUUAUUUUCCCAUGUUGAGAAUAAGGAUGAAACACUCAUGGAAACUGAGGGAAGUCCAUCCCUGCUUCCCACCUCGUGCCAUGGUUUAGCUUCUUGGUAAGAUCUGCUAUUGAAGUUGCCAGUUACUCUGUUGACUUAUUUAUACAUAAAUAGUUAUUCCUGUAACCUUCACUUAGCCAACAUUCAGAGAUGAUAGACAAUCUUGGUAACAUCACAGACAUCGCUUCCAAAGCAUUCCCUUGCUAUAGGAAUGUUUAUGAUGUGCUUAUCGCUAGAAUUUCAUGAGCAGCAAACUCCCAAAUUGCAAAUGACUUAGCAUUUGAAGCAGCGAGUGAGAGUGUAUGUGUGUACGCACUUAAAAAAAAAAAAAAGACUUUGAAAAGGGAAUUUUUUCUUCUACAGAGAUAUCUUCUAGAGUUUAAAAUAAGAACUACAUAAAAGCUGAGAGUUUAGAGGAAUGAACACUUUCUCUUAAGCGUUCAAAUGGGGGAAAAUGACUUGUAAUCUCUCCCUCAAGUAUUAAGGCAAUAGGCAUUUAAAGGCUUUUUUGGGAGCUGGCUGUCACAGACAAAAGAUUUCUCAAUUUAAAAAACAUCAUUUUUAUAACAUUAAAUGGUAGGAAUGAACGCCAGCAGCCCUCUUGACAUUUUGGAAAUGCUUUAUUUUUUGAAACGUCCCAGUCCAUUUUAAUAGAUGACACUUUUGUUCUUCCCAUUCCGGGCAGUAGCUUCGGCUGGGGUUGCCAUAGUUACAAUUGGAAGUUCAAGGUAGAGCAGGACAGGGCUCCAGGCACAACUUCUGACGAGGUUCCCGUGAACCCAGUGUGUUGGUGCCACCACCUCAGACACCCCCCCCGCCACACUUUCCCAAAGUCCCUGCUGUAACUCUCCUUCUUGGAGAGAGACUCUCUGAACAGUCUGAACUAUAGUCCAGAGGGUGAAUUUGACAUCAUUUUUAUUUCCAACCACCCUCUCUGAACCAAGAGCUCAGCCAGACAUCUCAGGAAGGUUGAACUCUUUACAAACGUUUCCUAUAGCAAUGCUUCUCAGCUGUGGUUUGUGGAAUGGUGCUGGUCUGCAAGCUGUUGACCGGUCCACGAGAUCAGUACAGAAAUUGAGAGGAAGCGCUUAGAAACUCUCAUGCCGAUUUGACAGAGUAAGCUGUUGAAUCAUUAAGAAGUAGGCUUGUACUCUAUGAAUAUUUUUGUCAUUUCAUUUUUCUACCAGUUCCUUUUCUUAUAUUUUAUAAAUGUGUUCAUCCGUGGGCUUCCCUGGUGGCGCAGUGGUUGAGAGUCCGCCUGCCGAUGCAGGGGACACGGGUGCGUGCCCCGGUCCGGGAAGAUCCCACAUGCUGCGGAGCGGCUGGGCCCGUGAGCCAUGGCCGCUGAGCCUGCGCGCCUGGAGCCUGUGCUCCGCAACGGGAGAGGCCACAACAGUGAGAGGCCCGUGUAUCGCAAAAAAAAAAAAAAAAAAAAGUGUUCAUCCGUGAUGGAUCAGAAAUUAAGAACAAAGAACUGGUCCUUCAUAACAAAGAGCUUGAGAAGCCCUGUGCUGUAGCGCUUGUAAGCUGCCUCUGCUCCCUGUGGGACAGAACUAGGCCUCCUCUUCCCACCUGCCCAGCAGCAUGAGAGCAGCACGACUGGCCGGCCGCAGGAGAAGCCCCCAGAGCCAGGCCCCCAACCCGACCAUCUGCUGCGGAGGCCAAGUUGUGAGCAGCAUCUCUUCACCACCGUGGUGUUUGGUCCGUACCUCAGCCCGGGUGAGGAUGUAAACCCCCCGGCCCUGCACAUGCGUGGUAGAGGCCAACAGGAACACCUGGCUCCAGCCACAGUCAUGGACAUGUCAGCCGUGGAGUAGUGUGGACGCUUUCUCUCUGCUUCUCAGGGUUUCAGUCCUUUCGGGUUUGUGUCAUUGAUCAUUUUUUAUGGUUUUGUGGCUGGACGUUCACGAUCAAGGCAGGCACCAUGGGGGAUCAGCAACUGUACAAGACCAAUCACGUGGCCCACGGUGGUGAGAACCUUUUCUACCAACAGCCACCACUUGGCGUCCACGGUGGGCUGAACCACAACUAUGGGAAUACAGUCCCCGGGGCUGGAAUGGAUGCCCCUCAGGCAUCACCCAUCUCCCCCCACUUCCCUCAAGACACUCGGGAUGGUCUGGGCUUGCCUGUUGGCUCCAAAACGCUUGGCCAAGUGGACACCUCAAGGCAGGGAGGGUGGGCAGGCCAUGCAGGGCCUGGAAACCAUGUCCAGCUACGUGGCAACCUGACCAACUCGAACAUGAUGUGGGGAUCUCCAGCCCAGGCGGAGCCCACCGAUGGCUACCAGUACACCUACUCCCAGGCCAGCGAGAUCCGGACCCAGAAGCUCACCAGCGGUGUCCUGCACAAGCUAGACUCUUUCACCCAGGUGUUUGCCAACCAGAACCUGCGAAUUCAGGUCAACAAUAUGGCCCAGGUGCUGCACACCCAGUCAGCGGUGAUGGACGGAGCCCCUGAAAGCGCCCUCCGCCAGUUGCUGUCCCAGAAGCCCAUGGAGCCCCCAGCACCGGCUCUCUCUUCCCGCUACCAGCAGGUGCCCCAGCAGCCUCACCCUGGUUUCACUGGCGGGCUGUCCAAACCAGCCCUUCAGGUUGGGCCGCACCCAGGCCAAGGGCACCCGUAUUAUGACUACCAGCAGCCACUGGCCCAGAUGCCAGUGCAGGGAGGACAGUCACUGCAGGCCCCCCAGAUGCUGUCCCAGCACAUGCAGCAGCUGCAGCAGCACCAGUAUUACCCGCAGCAGCAGCAGCAGCAAGCCGGGCAGCCGCGGAUGUCAGCGCAAGAAAUGCAGCCGCCGCCGCAGCAGAUUUGCCCAGCGCAGCCCCAGCAGCUGCAGCAGCGGCAGGGUUCGAUGCAGAUACCUCAGUAUUACCAGUCCUCACCCAUGAUGCAGCAUUUGCCAGAGUCGCGGCAGCCACAGAUGCACCUGCAGCCCCCUUCUUAUCACAGGGACCCCCACCAGUACACCCCGGAGCAGGCGCACGCUGUCCAGCUGAUUCAGCUGGGCUCCGUGCCCCAGUACUACUACCAGGAGCCCCAGCAGCCCUACGGCCACCCCAUGUACCAGCAGAGCCACCUGCCCCAGCACCAGCAGCCUGAGGACGGUCAGCCCAAGACUUACCCAAGCGACAGGCAGGCCCAGGCCAUGCUGAGCUCCCAUGGGGACCUGGGGCCUCCAGAUACAGGAUUGGGUGACCCGGCAAGCUCGGACCUGAACCGGGUCAGCAGUGUGCUCCCCCACCGGCCGCUCCUGUCCCCCAGCGGAAUCCACCUCAACAACAUGGGGCCUCAGCACCAGCAGCCGUCUCCCAGUGCCGUGUGGCCCCAGAUGCACCUACCUGAUGGCAGAGCCCAGCCAGGGUCCCCUGACUCAAGUGGCCAACCAAAAGGAGUGUUUGGGGAGCAGUUUGAUGCCAAGAACAAGCUGACAUGCUCCAUCUGCCUGAAGGAGUUCAAGAGUCUGCCUGCCCUGAACGGCCACAUGCGGUCCCACGGGGGGAUGAGGGCCUCCCCCAGCCUCAAACAGGAGGAAGGAGAGAAGGCCCCGGCGCCUCCGCCUCAGCCGCCACUGCCGCCUCCGCCUCCGCCGCCACCGCAGCUCCCACCCGAGGCGGAAAGCCUCACGCCUAUGGUCAUGCCCGUGUCUGUCCCUGUCAAGCUUCUCCCGCCCAAGCCCAGCUCUCAGGGCUUCGCCAACAGCGUCGCUGCCGCCCCCUCAGCCAGAGACAAGCCAGCCAGCUCGAUGUCGGACGACGAGAUGCCCGUGCUCGUGAGGAUGACCCUCUCUCCCCCACACUCACCCCAAGGGGCUGCCCCCCACCCGCCUGCUGAAAUUCCCAAGAAGCAUCAGCCAGGCUUGGCCAAAGCUGAGGAAGCCCUCAAGACCGCGCCGGAGAAGAAAAAGUUCCGGCACCGGCCGGAGCCGCUCUUCAUCCCGCCUCCGCCCUCCUACACGCCCAACCUCGCCGCCUCGCACUCUGGCGCCACCCUGUACCAGAGCCAGCUGCGCUCCCCGCGCGUCCUGGGCGACCACUUGCUCCUCGACCCCGCCCACGAGCUGCCCCCCUACACGCCCCCGCCCAUGCUCAGCCCGGUGCGCCAGGGUUCGGGGCUCUUCAGCAACGUGCUCAUCUCCGGCCACGGCGCCGGCGCGCAUCCGCAGCUGCCCCUCACGCCCCUCACGCCCACGCCUCGCGUGCUGCUCUGCCGCCCCAACAGCAUCGAUGGCAGCAACGUGACAGUCACCCCAGGGCCUGGAGAGCAGACCGUUGAUGUCGAACCACGCAUCAACAUUGGCUUGAGAUUCCAAGCGGAGAUCCCGGAACUCCAGGAUGUCUCUGCCCUGGCCCAGGACACACACAAGGCCACACUGGUAUGGAAGCCCUGGCCAGAGCUGGAAAACCACGACUUCCAGCAAAGAGUGGAGAAUCUCCUGAAUUUGUGCUGUUCGAGUGCGUUGCCAGGUGGAGGGACCAAUUCUGAAUUUGCUUUGCACUCUCUCUUCGAGGCCAAAGGUGAUGUGAUGGCUGCUCUGGAAAUGCUGCUGCUGCGGAAGCCAGUCAGGUUAAAAUGUCACCCUUUAGCAAAUUACCACUAUGCCGGUUCGGACAAGUGGACCUCCCUAGAAAGAAAACUGUUUAAUAAAGCACUAGCCACUUACAACAAAGACUUUAUUUUUGUACAGAAGAUGGUGAAGUCCAAGACGGUGGCUCAGUGUGUGGAGUACUACUACACGUGGAAAAAAAUCAUGAGGCUGGGGAGGAAACACCGGACACGGCUCUCGGAAAUCAUCGACGAUUGUGUGACGAGUGAAGAAGAUGAAGAGGUACAGGAGGAGGAGGAAGACCCAGAAGAAGACAGGAAAUCCAUGAGAGAAGAGGAGAGUGAAUUGCCCAAGUCUCCAGAGCCACCACCAGGCCCGGUCCUGGCUUCCGCAGAGGGGCCGCCCCUGCAAGCCCUGGGCCAGCCCUCAGGCUCCUUCAUCUGUGAAAUGCCCAACUGUGGAGCUGACUGUAGAUGUCAUGUCACUCCCUUUCUUCCCCAGGUGUUCAGCUCCCGACAGGCACUGAAUGGCCAUGCCCGCAUCCACGGUGGCACCAACCAGGUGACCAAAGCUCGGGGUGCUGUUCCCUCUGGAAAGCAGAAGCCUGGCAGUGCCCAGAGCGGGUACUGCUCAGUGAAGAGCUCACCCUCUCACAGCACCACCAGCGGCGAGACAGACCCCACCACCAUCUUCCCCUGCAAGGAGUGUGGCAAAGUCUUCUUCAAGAUCAAAAGCCGAAAUGCACACAUGAAAACUCACAGGCAGCAGGAGGAACAGCAGAGGCAGAAAGCCCAGAAGGCGGCUUUUGCGGCCGAAAUGGCAGCCACGAUUGAGAGGACUACGGGGCCGGUGGGGCCGCCGGGGCUGCUGCCCCUGGACCAGCUGAGUCUGAUCAAACCCAUCAAGGACGUGGACAUCCUCGACGACGACGUCGUCCAGCAGUUAGGAGGCGUCAUGGAAGAGGCCGAGGUCGUGGACACCGGUCUCCUCUUGGAUGAUCAAGAUUCAGUUUUGCUUCAGGGUGACACAGAACUCUAAAGCCCUGUGUGUCGCUUGGAGACGGCGAAAACCCACGGUCUCCAUCCUCAUUCAUCAGGAAAGCUGAACUGCCUGCUUGUUUUGUAACCAUUUUAAACUACCUGUUUAAAAAGUGGUCGUUUUUUUCAGGUUUAGAAAAAAAUCGGGGUUUUUUCCUUUUAUUUAAAAACAAUUGUUUUGUGGGAGGUUGGGGGGGGAAUAAAUAAUUGGCACAAUCCUACUUUAAGAUGUGUUUCAUCUGGGCUACAUUCCCAUGAACUCAUUCCUGGUUGGGAAUGAACCUGACGUUCAUGUUCUUUUGCUUUCAGAUGCCAACCAUCCUGGUAGCCUUUUAUCCCAAAGCUUGCAUGAGUGAGCGAGUGAGAGAGUCUGUGUGUGCGUGUGUGUGUGUGUGUGUGUGUGUGUGUGUGUGUAAAGCAGGCUACUUUCUUUGUGCUGGGGUCUUGGGCCAUCCUUUCCCACCAAGAGUCAUUUUUAUGCUGACCUCAUUCCGCAGUUUGCAGUGAACUUGGCGUCUUUGCCGGGAGACCAUACUAGGAAGUAGCUUUCCAGUGAGCAAAGGCCGCCCUGUGUUCCACAGCUUUCUUCUAGCACACACGUCAUUUGAAGAGUUGACCAAACGUGAAAGUCAUUUUUCUUCCUGCCCUGCCUGUCACUCGGCCUGUUUCUGAAAACUGAGUGCUGUGUCAUUUCAGGCUUUUCCUCCCUGGCCGUGAUUUACUAUGAAGGUGAUUCCUGGAGCAAGUGCGUCCUCUUCCCAGUUCCGUGAAGACCGGUUGACUCCAAUUCAUGGGUUAGCAGGAUCCCUUGGAUUUCCAAGAACUCAGAUCUUCUAAAUUUCACAUGCUUCUUUUUGAGUUGGCCUGAGCCGACUAGAAAUCCGUCUGGAGGAAAAUAACCGCAACUAUUAAGUUGCCAGGGCUGUUUUCAGGGAGGAUGGUGGAAGAGCACAGAUUAAAGUCCCUGGAAUGCCAAGAGGCCCAAAAACUAGAUCAGAAGAGCUGAUUCUUUUUUGCCACACUGUUAAUGGUCAGUGGAGUUCUGAAAUUACGCUGUGCCACUUGGAAGUACUGUGAAACCUCAUUCACUAGGAUUCUGCUGUCAUUCGCCUGUGCUGGCCCGAAGUUUACCUUGACGCUAACUGAGGAAAAGGGUUGUCUAACAAAUCUGAUGGCAAAUACAAGGGAAAUGGCAUUAAAGGCCAACAAAAAUGGUUUCAGAUACCACUUCAGCUACAGUGUUUACAUUCAAACAUGAAUGAAUUCAUUAAAGUCAUUUACCAAAGCCCUUCUAGAAUUCUCCACGCUACAUACCCCUGCUAUGUCUCCUCCUGUCCCUGCCGGCAGGGUUGCUGUUUGUACUUGAAGGUAAUAAACCUGUAAUCCUUCAAAAAUGGCAUCGAGCUCAGGCUUUUGAGCUGAGUCAGACUCCUCCAUGGCCUCCAUCAGGGCAAAUGAGUGCGCGCGCCUUCAGGCUGGGAUGCGGCCCCAGCACAGAGCUGACGCUUCUGACGCCCCAGCUCCUGCAGGUGUGGCAGUCCUACCAGGGCACUUUGCUGGCACAGUAAUAGUUUGAUGUUAAAGAGGAUGUCAGCGGAAGCAUGAGGAUAGGACUGGAGCAUCUUUAAGUUGUCUCAGCAAAAGCUUCUAGCACACACUGAAGACCCCCAGCAGCCCCACGCAGGCAGUGUCCUCUGAAUCUCAGGAAAGCCAUGGACAGAAGAUAAUACAAAGGUUCUUUUCAUUGCCACCAUUCGGUUUUCAGAAAAAGAGGUCUUGAAGAUUUCCUUUAUCUUUUUUUAGGGGGAAAAGAAAGUCUUUCAUUUGCUGCCAUUUCUGACAAAUUAUUCUAUGUUCUGAGUUCAGAACUGCCUGGGGAGGGCAUCAGCUUUGUGGCAGAGCUAUUCCAGAACCAUUCCAACUGUAAUAUCGGCUGAUCCCAUCUGUCCCAGUGACUACUUCCCUCCACUUGUGGGUGUCUGAGAGGGAUUCUGGAAUGGUUCUGCUAUUGGGUCUAUGAAAGCUUAUCUAGCAAAGGAGCAAACACCCGGAAAAAUGUUUAUAAAGCAAAUGUACUCAUUCUGUUUGGAGACUUGCCCGGCUGUUCCAGUUUAAAACAUUAAACUGAGUUGCCAAGGCAAAAAUAUAAUGCACAAUUUAAUUUUGAUUUUCCAUGCAGUAUAGCAUUUGGAUUUUUGACUUGAAAUAACCAAAGAACUCCUCCUUGAUGAGACAGUUCACUUUCCUGAAUUAGUAUUUUUCUUCACAAUAUCAACUUAAAGAAUUGACUUCAUAGUAAAAUAUUGCACUUAUUUUUUUCCUGAAGUGAUUCUGCCUGCAUGUAUGUGUUGUGUUUUAGCUCCUCAGCGCCCCAUCUCUCCCCACCCUAAAGAAAUUUUCUUCCCAAUGGUUUGUCUUCAACACAGUUACUGUUUACUAUCAGAUAGUUUUUCAUUAGUGAAUUUAGACCUCUUUGAGAAAGCUUGUAUAUAAAAAGUUAAAAGAUAUAUUUUAUGGAAAAACCCAUCUUAUUUUCAAAUAUAUUUAACUGCUGUUCUAUUUUAUUAGAGGAAGGUUGUAAAUAUUUUCUAGGAGUUCUAUUGUAAAGAAAAGUAUUUUUGAAAAAAAUUAAUGUAAUAAAAAGGAAAACAUUUUUAAAUAGUGGUUGUGAUUGCUUCCUGUUCUGGCUUCAUUGUGUUCUAUUCGUAGGAAAUGACUUGCAUGCCUUCCCAUUUUAGGAUGUAAUUUAUUCUGGUUUGCACUAUUUUAAGUUGACAUCAUAAUAUCUAAUGUGCUUCACUGUAUUUUCCCCAGAAUGCAGGUCCCUUGGUCCAUAUCAAAAGCACUAUGUAUAGCAUAUUCAUACUUUUUUCUUUUGUAACGUGUGUAUUUUUAAUAAGGAUUUUAUGUAACAUUUUGGCAAAAAGAGGACAGUAUUUUCUAGUGAAUUUUAUAAUACAUUUUGCUAAAAGUGUUUCUUCCUAGGUCAGUUUUUGUUAAGGUGAACCAAAAGUCUUAUUUUCCCAGGGGUUUAAAAAAAAAGUUUGAAGCUUGAAAGCAAAGUUAUAUUUAAACAUCAUAUGUAACAAAUAAAUAAAGAUGUUUUAUAGACUUGUCCUCAAAAGGUUCAUUCCUUAAAAACAAAAACAACUGGGGCAUUCUAGAUUGGUUUUCCCCGAGCGAUGAGCAUUUUAUUUUAAUUGCCACAAUACUUUUUUUCAGAAGCAAGCCAGGAGAAUUUUACUUAAAAGGUUCCGGUCAUUAACCUCAGAAAUUUAUUACAGUUCUUACAGAUAGGCAUUCAUCAAACAGAGAUGUAACCAAGUAGACACUGUUAUAUUUAUUUGUGAAAACCUGAUUCAAUAUUGCAUCAGCUGCUCUGAAAAUAAAAUGUUAUCUUUUUGAGUUUCA